UUCAGACACGCCCUGUUGCUGCUUGGAUAGCGUCGAAGGAAACUACGCGUAGUUCAACAACGUUUUCAAGUAACUUGUUGACAUUUUCUUCGUUUAAUUAGGACUGGGGUAUUCGUUCUGAACUGAAAUGGGAGCGUGUAUGGCAUUGUGUUCAAUCGCUAGCUGUGCAUCAUGUCUGUGUGGCUCCGCUCCCUGUCUGCUGUCAGGAUGCUGUCCCUCCACCUACAACUCCACUGUGUCCCGGCUGGCUUUCUCCUUCCUGCUGCUGCUGGGGUCCCUGGUCUCUGUCAUCAUGAUCCUACCUGGCAUGGAGGCUCAGCUCAAGAAGAUACCUGGGUUCUGUGUUGGUGGAACUUCCAUAACCAUACCAGGCAUUGAAAACAAGGUGAACUGUGAUGUCAUCGUGGGCUACAAGUCUGUGUACCGCAUGUGCUUUGCCAUGGCCUGCUUCUUCUUCCUGUUCUCCAUCAUCAUGAUCCGUGUUCGCAGCAGCAAGGACCCCCGAGCCUCACUACAGAACGGAUUCUGGUUCUUCAAGUUCCUUAUACUGGUGGGGAUAACUGUAGGAGCCUUCUUCAUUCCAGAUGGGACAUUCAACACAGUGUGGUUCUACUUUGGCGUAGUGGGUUCCUUCAUCUUCAUCAUCAUCCAACUGAUCCUGCUGGUGGAUUUUUCUCACACCUGGAACCAGUCCUGGCUGGAGAAUGCUGAGGAGGGAAACAGCAAGUGCUGGUUUGCAGCUCUCCUGUCGUUCACGGUGCUACACUAUGCCCUGGCCUUCUCUGCUGUGGUCUUGUUCUAUGUCUAUUACACCACGGGAGAUGACUGCACUGAACACAAGAUCUUCAUUAGCCUUAACUUAAUCUUUUGCAUCAUCAUCUCCAUUGUUGCCAUCCUGCCCAAAGUUCAGGAGGCCCAGCCUAGCUCAGGCCUGCUCCAGGCCUCCCUCAUUUCCCUCUACACCAUGUAUGUCACAUGGUCUGCCAUGACCAACAACCCCAACCGUAAGUGUAACCCCAGCCUGCUGAGUCUGGUCAACAACACACCCAGCCCUACACCUGCCCCAGGACAAGAGGUCCAGUGGUGGGAUGCACAGGGCAUCAUAGGACUGGUCAUCUUCUUCUUCUGCACACUGUAUGCCAGCAUCCGUUCGUCCAACAACACCCAGGUGAACAGGCUGAUGCAGACAGAGGAGAACCAGGGUCUGGCUGCAGACGACCACGAGGCGGCCAUGGGGGAGGACGGGGUCAGACGGGCUGUGGACAAUGAGGAAGAUGCGGUCACCUACUCUUACUCCUUCUUCCACUUCAGCCUGUGCCUGGCCUCCCUAUACAUCAUGAUGACACUCACCAACUGGUACCAACCUGACGCAGACUACCAGGCCAUGCAGAGCAGUAUGCCAGCAGUGUGGGUGAAGAUUAGCUCUAGCUGGAUAGGCUUGGCUCUCUACCUCUGGACCUUGGUAGCUCCUGUCAUCCUCUCUAACCGAGACUUCAACUAAAGGCAUACACCUUCCAUCCAGAGCUGUCCCAAAUGGUACCUCUAUUCCUUUUCAGAAUUGCUUUACUGUUUGGCAUGUUAUGAGUCACACUACUGGGUAAAAACAUUUUCAUUGUGCUGCUUGAAGAAGGGGACCACUGUCAUUUUUUUUUAUGUCCAGGCUUGUCUCAUUGACUAGACAUAACAUAUUAAACAAGAAUCUGGGACACUCAAAUGAGUAUGAUAUGCAGCGUUAGGUAUGAUUACAUAAAACCGGUUACUUAAGGCAAAAAACGAAAGGAGGGUGGUUGGCUGGGUGGGUGAAUCAUCACGGACAAUUUUAGAUCAUUGUCAAAUUUGUGACGACUGAAUUCUUUUUAGCUACUUUGCAAGUACUUAGCAUGCUAACUACCUUUUAACCUUAAUCCUUAAGCGUCUAGAUAAGUCAUACCAAGGAUCAUUUAGCAACUUGAUUUAGAAUUUUAGGACCCCUUUCGGUAUACAUAAAAUAAUGAUAUCAAGCUUUAUUUAUUUGAAUCAGGUGUGUAGUGCUUGGGCAAAAACCAAAACGUGCACCCCUUGGAAUCCCGAGGACCGAGUUUGGGGAAACUCUGGUGUAGAGAAUCAUUGUAACAUCUAAACCCUUGUGAAAUAUACCUUUUUUCCAUAACCAAAAAUAUUGUAUUUUCAGCUGGUUGAAGAUUGUGUACAAAACCGAAAGUAACACACACAAAUGAAACUUCAGAAUGGGAAACAUAGAAGUGUGGUAUAGAUCUGUCACUUUUCUAUCUGAAUUUGGCCCGGUAGCCCAAAAAGUUACACAUUGCAUACUUCCAUAAAUGUUUUUACUAGUAUCGGGCUACCUUCAGACGAGGCUUGUGGGCAUCCUAGAGCAAAACAACCGACGUGUUCAGGAGGGUCACUUCAUCGAGGGGUCAUAUUAGUGUGUAGCCCAAACUGUUCGUACGCUACAGACUGAAGUUGGCAGAUCGGCAGUACCGACUUCAGACGAGUCCCGUGGGGAUUGUGUUAAUGAGUCAUCUCUCUGUAGUGGUCAUAUUAGUUUCUAGGCCAAACCGUUCAGACGCUACAGACGUUUUCGUGGGGAACGAUUGUAUUUAUUUUCCCCAAGGAUGUCUCAUGGUCUGGCAAACACCUCUAGCUUGGCCACCUUCCACCACAAAUGCGGAAGGCUGCCAUUGGUGGGUGUGGUGGAUUGAGACUCAGCCCACGCAAAAAAACAUAUCUUUAACAGACAGCUUUGAUAGUGUUUUUUGUUGUUGAAAUUAUUAUGCUAACUACAUUGCCGCGGGGGUGCGGAUGUCGACUCUAGGGGGUAACUACUAGCCUAGCCAACGUUAGCCGCCUAGCCAACGUUAGUCGCAAUAAAUUUGAAUUUUUAACAUUGCAUAUUGUACAAAUUACAAUUGGAAACAUACACAUUCAUAUCAUACGAAAUGGAAUAUUUCACAUACACAAAUUAAUACCUAACAUACCAAACAUCAUACUAAUUUCUGUUUUCCGUUUACUAUUUUAAGUCUACCUAUGAGUCCAGAUUGUUGUUAGCCAUACUUUUGAGGUUGGUUUUAUCAUUCUGUUUUUUUAUAUACAUGCAUACAAAAAAAAUGUGCUUGGUUUGAUGCUUUUAAUAAUAAUUCUUAACAUAUCUGGUCAGCGACUCUACUAAAAUGUAAAAGUGCCUUUUUAAACCUACAGAUUUGCUACACAAUAAACUAGCUUUAUAUUCAAAUGUGUAUAUGUUUUGUCAUACCUUAACAGAUUAUCUCUAAUGCCUCUCCGUAUUAUGUUCAAAUGUAAUAAAUCUGAUCAUCUCUGAAA